GCUGGGCAAGGAUGGGGACGGGCAGACCCUUGCCAAUGGCCUGGGUCCUGGUGGGGAUUCAAACCGGCGUACAACGGAGCUGGAGGAGGCCCUGGAGAGGCAACGUGCAGAGGUGUGCCAGCUGCGGGAGCGCCUGGCGGUGCUGUGCCGUCAGAUGAGCCAGCUGGAGGAGGAGCUGGGCACCGCUCACCGCGAGCUGGGUAAGGCCGAGGAAGCUAACUCCAAGCUGCAGCGCGACCUCAAGGAGGCCCUGGCGCAGCGGGAGGAUAUGGAGGAGCGGAUCACAACGCUGGAGAAGCGCUACCUGAGCGCCCAGCGCGAGGCCACGUCUCUGCACGACGCCAACGACAAGCUGGAGAAUGAGUUGGCCAGCAAGGAGUCGCUGUACCGGCAGAGUGAAGAGAAGAGCCGUCAACUGGCCGAGUGGCUGGACGACGCCAAGCAGAAGCUGCAGCAGACGCUGCAGAAGGCAGAGACCUUGCCCGAGAUAGAGGCGCAGCUGGCCCAGCGCGUGGCGGCGCUCAGCAAGGCUGAAGAGCGUCAUGGGAACUUUGAGGAGCGGCUUCGGCAGCUGGAGGCCCAGUUGGAGGAGAAGAACCAGGAGCUGCAGCGGGCACGGCAGCGGGAGAAGAUGAAUGAUGACCACAAUAAGCGACUGUCCGAGACAGUGGACAAGCUACUGAGCGAGUCCAACGAGCGGUUACAGCUUCACCUCAAGGAGCGAAUGGGGGCGCUGGAGGAGAAGAACUCACUCAGCGAGGAGAUCGCCAACAUGAAGAAACUUCAGGAUGAGUUGCUGCUUAACAAGGAGCAGCUCUUGGCCGAAAUGGAAAGGAUGCAGAUGGAGAUUGACCAGCUGCGGGGGAGGCCACCAUCCUCCUACUCUAGGUCCCUCCCUGGCAGUGCCCUGGAGCUCCGUUACUCCCAGGCACCCACAUUACCUUCUGGUGCCCACCUAGACCCUUAUGGGGCUGGCAGUGGCCGGGCAGGCAAGAGGGGCCGCUGGUCAGGGGUCAAGGAAGAGCCCUCCAAGAGACAGGAUUGGGAGCGGUCUGCACCUGCGGGGUCCAUGCCACCCCCAUUCCCUGGGGAGCUGGAUGGCUCAGAUGAGGAGGAGGCAGAGGGGAUGUUUGGAGCUGAGCUGCUCUCUCCCAGUGGGCAGGCCGAUGUGCAGACGCUGGCCAUCAUGCUUCAGGAGCAGCUGGAGGCCAUCAACAAGGAGAUCAAGCUAAUCCAAGAGGAGAAGGAGACGACAGAACAGAGGGCAGAGGAACUGGAAAGCCGGGUGUCCAGCUCAGGCCUGGACUCACUGGGCCGCUACCGCAGCAGCUGCUCGCUGCCCCCCUCCCUCACCACCUCUACCCUCGCCAGCCCCUCCCCUCCCAGCUCUGGCCAUUCAACACCCCGUCUGGCACCCCCUAGCCCUGCCCGUGAGGGCACUGACAAGGCCAAUCAUGUCCCCAAGGAGGAAGCUGGGGCUCCACGAGGGGAGGGGCCAGCCAUCCCAGGAGACACCCCACCACCCACACCCCGCUCUGCCCGUCUUGAGAGAAUGACCCAGGCCUUGGCAUUACAGGCAGGGUCUCUGGAAGAUGGGGGACCCUCACGGGGAAGUGAGGGCACUCCAGAUUCCCUGCACAAAGCCCCCAAGAAGAAGAGCAUCAAGUCAUCAAUAGGCCGUCUCUUUGGCAAGAAAGAGAAGGGGCGAAUGGGACCCCCAGGCAGGGACAGCUCUUCUCUGGCUGGAACACCCUCAGAUGAAACAUUGGCCACUGACCCUCUGGGACUAGCCAAGCUGACAGGCCCAGGAGACAAGGAUCGAAGGAACAAGAGGAAGCAUGAACUCCUAGAAGAGGCCUGCCGCCAGGGCCUGCCUUUUGCUGCCUGGGAUGGGCCCACUGUGGUCUCCUGGCUGGAGCUGUGGGUAGGCAUGCCUGCCUGGUAUGUGGCCGCUUGCCGGGCCAAUGUCAAGAGUGGAGCCAUCAUGGCCAACUUGUCGGACACGGAGAUCCAGCGCGAGAUCGGCAUCAGCAACCCGCUGCAUCGGCUCAAGCUGCGCCUCGCCAUCCAGGAGAUGGUCUCCCUCACCUCACCCUCAGCUCCCGCCUCUUCCCGCACGUCCACAGGAAAUGUGUGGAUGACACACGAGGAGAUGGAGUCCCUUACGGCCACGACCAAGCCUGAGACCAAGGAGAUCAGCUGGGAGCAGAUCCUGGCAUAUGGCGACAUGAACCACGAAUGGGUGGGGAACGACUGGCUGCCCAGCCUGGGGCUGCCCCAAUACCGCAGCUACUUCAUGGAGUCGCUGGUGGAUGCCCGAAUGUUAGAUCACCUCAACAAGAAGGAACUCCGGGGCCAACUCAAGAUGGUGGACAGCUUCCACAGGGUGAGUCUGCAUUAUGGGAUCAUGUGUCUGAAACGGCUCAACUAUGACCGGAAGGACCUGGAGCGGAGGCGGGAAGAGAGUCAGACCCAGAUCCGAGACGUGAUGGUGUGGUCCAAUGAGAGGGUCAUGGGUUGGGUGUCCGGGCUGGGCCUGAAGGAAUUCGCCACGAACCUCACGGAGAGCGGGGUGCACGGGGCGCUGCUCGCCCUGGACGAGACCUUCGACUACUCCGACCUGGCCUUGCUGCUGCAGAUCCCCACGCAGAAUGCGCAGGCUCGGCAGCUCCUGGAGAAGGAAUUCAGCAACCUCAUCUCUUUAGGCACAGACAGACGGCUGGACGAGGACAGCGCCAAGUCCUUCAGCCGCUCCCCGUCCUGGCGGAAGAUGUUCCGAGAGAAGGACCUCCGAGGCGUAACCCCCGACUCAGCUGAGAUGUUGCCGCCCAACUUCCGCUCGGCUGCAGCAGGAGCCCUGGGCUCGCCGGGGCUCCCGCUCCGCAAGCUGCAGUCGGAAGGCCAGACUGCUGGGAGUUCCCGGGCAGAAGGCGUUUCGGUCCGGACCUAUUCCUGCUAGUGUGGGCCUCCAGGUGACCUCACUCGGACGGAAGAACUUCCAGAGGCUGGGUUGUUACCCCUGCUGCCCAGAGUGUGGUCUCGCCGGGGAGAGCGGGCGGGGGGCUCGCGCCGCGGACUGGACCAUCUGUGCAGACGAGCGGGAGUGCGUGCACCCGCCUCGUCAAUGGCCUGGACCAAACCACAUGAACUGGACUGAGAGGGGGAGAGAAGAGGCCAGGAAGAAACCCCGCCUUCCAAACUUCCGCCUCCCUUUUCUCUACUUUGUAAUUUAUUGAUGAGUUUCCAGUGGGAGACGGGUGCCCUUUCCCUGCGGGGAGGGGCCGGGGCUCCCCUCCCGGGCCGCAUGCAGGGGGAGGCUGCCCAAUCCCUUUCUUCCUUCCCAGUCGCGGGGCCCAAGUCUUCCUUCUUCGUCCGAAAGGAGGGGAGGGGGGACUCGCUGCUACAAGCCUCGCCCCCUGUGCCACUCAGCCCCGCCCCAGCGCGUCCGGUAGCCGGCCCCGGGGUCAUCUGCAGGCGGGGUCCCCUCUCCCUCCCCCGUGUCUCGUGUGCCCGGGGGCUCCCCUUCCCCCGUGCUGUGGCCGUGUCCGUGCCCCGGGGGUAGGGGGCGCAGAACAGCGCUCCCCGUUCCCCUCCGGCUCCGGGGUUUGCAUGGGAGAAUCCUCUUUCCACGAUGCCACUGGGCGACGUGGCGUGGGGGGGAGGGGAAGGUGGCGGAGCCCUCACCCCGACCAGGCGUCAUUCAGUGAUCACGGGUAAAGAGAACUGUUUCAAAAA